AUGCGUGUGUUAAUUGGGGUGAAAUUAAUUGCAUUUCUCAUACACGGUGUUCUGACUGUGACGAGAACACCGUGCACACAGACAGCGCGAUUUGAAGACCCGAAAAAAGGUAGGUUAUAGGUUAUGAAUGUUUUCGUUUUAGAACAAGCCUCAACUUCCAACCCCUUGAAACCACCAGAUAACAGACAGGCAAUUUUUCCAUGACCAGUUUUAUUUGCUCGUGUAAAAAAAUGCGCUUACGGUAAAAAAAUGUGACCAUUUUUCCUUGCCAAGGAACCUUGUUCCAAAGCAAGUCAUCAGCUUUUGGACGAGAAAAUUUUAUUCGGCCGCCAAGGAAUACUUGACAAGUGCAAGUGCCUGAAAACAGACCUACGUUUCGCCCGCCCUAAAAUUCGCGGGUCGACGAAGGGGCGGGCGAAACGUAGGUCUGUUUUCUGGCUAUGAAACUUGUCCAGAAAUUAUAGGGGAAAUUUAAACUUUACUUAUAUACUGGAUAGCACUAUCGGUUCUAAACCGCUCUACCCCAAAGGAGCUAUCCGAUUAUUAUACGAAUAUUUUAAAAUAUUACUGUAGGAGGAACAGGUGUACUCGGAACCCGCGCAGGUGUUUACACUCUUUUCACAUAUCACCGACACACAAAUACAAUCAGACAACCGCACAUGAGUACAGGAUUUUACUUGGCGUGCAUAAAUUGUAGACAUGUAUAACACAAUCUGCAUACGUAUGGUUUCAGAUUAGCAAAAUAAUAAGUGUCCUAGCUUUAAUAAGUGUUUUCAUUGCAAGACAUUACUGAAUUCUCAUUUUUUACAGGCUACAGUUUAGAUGGCAAUGUCCUUGCCACAGUGAAUGUAGACAAUGCUGCAAAUUGCGUCGUCAAAUGUCUACAACAUCCCGAAUGUCAAUCAAUCAACUUCCAUGUCUCGGCCAAUCCCGAACAUGUUUGCGAACUGAAUAGCAAAACUGACAAUGACGUCACUUUAACUGUGAAUAGUGACGUCAUCUAUUAUGGACCAACCUUAUCUAAACAGGUAAAUAUAAUUCUGACUGACUUAGUGUUAGUUAAGGAGAUGUCUGUCUUUGGGACAUGUUUGUUUCAGAGAGAGGUCUACCUUCCAGGUGAUCUCGUGUUCGUAUUUUAGCCAAUCAGCGCUCAGAAAGGGUUGUCCGAAUAGAAAUCCAUUUUGAUGUAUUCAGUCAAUUAUAUCUUUCGUUAUUCUUUAUGAAACUAGUUGAAAUUUUGUUAUUAUGUUUGGUUAUGAGAACUAUAGCUCUGACAAAAAUAUGGAAUCGAAAUAAAGUAUAUUACAGGAGAUAUUCAGUUGUUUUAAUCAUAAAAUGGAUUUCUAUUUGACAACUAGUGCCAGUACUUUUCCGCGUAUCAAGAUCAUCUGGCCUUAGAGAGAUGCCUGUCUUACAGGCUUGCUUACACUUGCAACAGUGAUGUUAGGUGUGAUUCUCUUCUUCUGAUAGAUGUGAACGAGUGGAUAAGUUAUGGUUAUUCAGAUGAGGAUACAUCAUUGAACUAUAAAUAAACUGGAAGGCUAACUCAGGGGGGGAAAUUGAAGCCAGUGCAUUUAGUUUUUCUGAGUUAUGAGCAGAAAUACUCAACACUGAACGUUGGGCUAUAUAUCAAAUUGAAGCUAUUGAAAAAUGCUAUUUGGUGUAGAAAUUUCAAGACUUUAGCUAAAAGGGAAAUAUUGAAAAACUACAAACAUAAUUACCGAUAAUUUGCCGUUUUGCAGUUGUUUUUGUAUUUUUUAAAUAUUUUUCUUUUCGCUGAAGUCUUGAAAUUUCCACACCAAAUAGCAAUUUUCAAUAGCUUCAAUUUGAUAUGUAGCCCGACGUUUGGGGUCAAGUAUUUCUGCUCAUAACUCAGAAAAACUAUUUUGGCUUCAUCAAAUCAUAGGCCUUUAUCAUAGCAGUUAGCCUUCCAGUUUAUUUAUAGCUCAAUGGUGCUGCCUCCUCCGCACGCCUUCGUUGCGUCAUGGGAAGGUCACAAUCUGGCGAGGGCCUGCGGAAUCUUGUAAAAAAAAUGGCGCCGGCGUCACGUCAGCAAGUAAAUUUCUACAUAAUCUUGAAUAUAAACAGGAUAUAAAAAAGCGGCGUGAAACUUCUAAAUUAAACUGGCGACUCUAAGGACGUGGAAGGAAGCAUUUUUUAACGAGGUUUGUUGUCCACACCAACGUUGCACGAAUAAAACUGCCUUCUUUAACGAAGCAGGUUCAAAACAACAUUUAUUCAUUUUACAAGAUUCCGCAGGCACUCUCGAAAUCGUGACCUUCCCAUGACACAACGAGGGCCUGCGGAGGAGGCAGCAUCCCACUGCCCUCAUCUGAACAUCCAUAACUCAUCGACUCGUUCACAUCCAUCAGAAGAAGAACAUCGCACCUAAAAUCACUGCAAAAAUUGCAAAUGUAAACGGACCGGUAGCAAGAAAACUAAACCGCACUUAACGCAAUUCUCUUUAACUUUUAGCUCAAUGUCGUGGCAACUGCAGGCGUACCCGAAGUAAACACAACCGGCGUUUACAACGCCUCCCAUUGCAUAAACAACACACUAAAUCAUGCUUUCAAUGGAACGAGCCACAUUUUAAAGUGUUUUGUUACGAAGAAAGAAUUCGUUUCGCCAAGUAGCGAAUACUGGAAUAACAAUGUUUUACAUUUGACUGAUGGGAUUGACGAGGUCGGAGAACUCCGCUGGCAGCUUGUGAUAUGCCUAAUCCUCGCCUGGAUUUUGGUGUAUUUCUGUUUGUGGAAGGGUAUCAAAUCCUCUGGAAAAGUGGUGUAUUUUACUGCCACGUUUCCAUACCUUAUUUUGGUGGUCUUGUUUUUCCGUGGUGUUACCCUUCCCGGGGCUUCCAAGGGUAUUAUCUAUUACAUCAACCCAGAUUUUAGCAAGUUAGGUGAUGCUGACGUGUGGGUGGCAGCCGCCACUCAGAUCUUCUACUCGUUGGGUAUUGGUUUUGGGUCUUUGGUUACCUAUGGAAGUUUUAACCAGUACAACAAUGACUGCGUUAAGUGAGUUAUUAUGUAUACAUCAUAUCACUCAACUUAUUGUGUCUGAUAAUGCGUGUAGUUCAGCAGAGAUGGAAAAAGCAUCGGAACCUGAUUCCCAGAAAUUUUGGGAACCUUGAUAGCUAAUAGAGCGUUUGCACAUGACGUCACAGCCGCCAUAUUGGUGUUCCAAUUCAAAAGAAUUUUAAUUAGACUCUUUUGUCUGGAACGCCAACAUGGCCGCCAUUGCUUUUGUUGAGUUGGUCGCUGGGGAAUCUCUAUUCUGAAAAUUCCACUGAUUGUACAUUUGAAUUGUUGAACAUCUAAUUAUUAUUGACAUUGAAGUGGCUGAAUACCUAAUUAAUCUAUUAAACCGAUACCUAAAUUACAGCAGAACAGUUUCAUCGAAAAUAUUCAUAUAGCCGGCAGUGGGAAAUUUGUUUUUAGUCCUGCAAGACUUUAUUUAUUUAUUUACUAGCUUUGUCAUAAAUGACUAGUGAUCCCUACAGGGCUUAUUGCCCCCAUUCACAGAGUCCCUUAAACUAAACAUUUACUUCAAUUACAACAUAUUUUAUCUACAAGGCUCGACAAAAGACGACACGAGUGACAUUUAACACAGACAGUUUUAAACGAUUGUGGUACAUUAAGUACUAUUUAUAAGACGAGUAGGAGUGUUUUAUCAGAUAUAUAACGCGAGGCGCAGCUGAGCGUUAUAUAUCUGAUAAAACACGACAACGAGUGUUUUGAAUAGCUUAAAAUACGACUACAAAAGAAUACUAAUUAGGAUGAACCAUAGUAUAAUCAUGCUAAUUAAGAUGAACAAUUAUAUAAUGCCACAUGUGUUUUACCAGAUAUAAAGUCACUCCACGUGACAUAUUAUGGCUGACAUGAUUUGCCACAAGGUUUAUGAAUUAUUUAUUUUAAUGUCAUAUAUAAGUUCAGUCAUUUCGUGAUAAUAUUUCAGUAAUAUAAGUUAUAUAACUACUAUGAGUACUAUCAUGACUACUUCAGGAUUUAUCAUGUAUGCCUUAUCAGUCAAGACAUGUUGCUGCACACAUAAUCUAUGUUAUUUUUCCCUAUGUAUUGUAAUCUUUUGCAGAAAAUUUUGAACCCUAAGCCCAGGUUCCCAGAACGAGAAAACAUUUUCCAUCUCUGUAAUCCUGAACAACUCCUUAAAACUACGUUAUUUUUCCUUGCGCAUGACAUUGAUCUCUUGUUGUAUUUCAGGGAUGCGGUGAUUGUAACAAUCAUCAACUGCAGUACGAGUAUUUUCGCGGGUUUCGUGAUCUUCAGCGUGUUAGGUCACAUGUCACUUAUCCUUCACAAAGAUGUGUCCGAAGUCGCGCAGUCAGGGCCUGGGCUCGCCUUUGUCGUAUAUCCAGAAGCCAUUGCGCAAAUGCCAAUCUCGCCUCUCUGGGCUCUGUUGUUCUUCUUCAUGUUACUAACGCUGGGUCUUGAUACACAAUUCGCCAUGAUGGAAGCGGUUGUCACCGGAUUGGUGGAUGAGUACGGCAAGAAGUUGCGUCAGAAAAAGGAAUUGGUUAUUUUGGCGUUGUGUGUUGUCGCGUUCUUCUUUGGGCUCACAAAUAUUACUGAGGUUCGUAGCACCAUACAUCGCCAUCGUGUGCUUUGCUGGAUAUGGUGGUCUGGAAGUCCGACAAACGUCAAAGCUAGAAAAUAGAAAGCUUUUGUUUGAUAUUGAAUUCCACCUCAACGUGCACAAAUCCUUUGUCUCAACUUCAUUAGAGCUGUGCGGUUAACCGAAAAAUUCAGUUCUUCCGGUACUUUUUUAGCACCGAAAAAUUAUACGUAAUUAGCUAUCCCUCAGCUAUCCCUAUUGGACGAUUACUUCAUUAUGCGAAAAUACAAUGAACUCAAUCACCGUGACCGUGCACAAAUUAACAUUAACUCCGACAAAAACAUAAUACAAUGACUUCUAUUAAGUUUCCAGACUAUCAUAUCUUGAUAGACUAUGAAAAAAACAACCAGCAACGACCAUAAUUAAGCAGGAUUUUCGUCCACCACAAGGCUAAUAUGUGGCUAAUAUUCAUUGCAGAGUGGUGCGUAUGUGCUGAAUUUGUUCAAUAUCCAGUCAGGCGGUAUCUCACUGCUGUUCCUAGCUUUCUUCGAAGUGAUCACUAUAUCUUGGGGCUACGGUACCGAUCGAUUUGUUAGCGAUAUUGAACGAAUGGUUGGCAGGAAAAUUUUACCAUGGUGGGCUUUCGCGUGGAAAUUUUUAUCGCCUGCUGUCAUAUUAGGUAAGUAUGAGAGUAGGCUAGCCAUUGCAUUUAAAACAUGUUUCAUAUUUCAUUUAGGGAUACCAAUUUAGAAAUGAUGGAUACAUAGGGUGAACUCGGAGACUGCAUACCUCUGCCAGAGAAUUAAGUUAUGUGCCAUGCAUAAAUUAUACAAUGGGCUAAUUACGUAUUCAGCUUACUCAUCCACAUUUAACCACAAUUUGAUCAAUUUAUCCUUGAGCAAUGUCCAUUAGUCCUAUAAAUGUUCUUAUUAGUACGUUUGAUAUUUUUCAAGUUAUAGACUAAACAGACAAACACACACACACACUUAAUGAGUGUGUAUUCUAAAAGCUCACUCGCACUCAAUGAGUGGAGGUUCAAUCUGAGCUUCCCUAUUGUGUCAGUGCUGUUUUUAAAUAGCUGGAGGGUGAGUAGUCACAUAGUAAGGUACGACACUAACCAUCCAGCUUUUCAAAUUUUAAAACAGCACUGACACUCAAGAAAAGCUCAGAUUGAACCUCCACUCAUUGAGUGUGAGUAAAGCUUUUAGAAUACACAGGCGUAACACUUACAAACGCGGAUGAAAACAUACCUUCCUGGCGGAGGUAAUGAACACAUUACCACAGAACAAAGACAAACAGCCAUGAUUCGCAAUGAUUCGUCAUCAAAAUGCUGACACCAUGGUCCUAGCCAGUUGCGCUUAUGAGAGGCAUUCACCCCCUGGACGCCCACCAUUUUGAAUAUUAUCAGGGGGGUGAUGUCUCUUAUAAGCGCACUGGCUACAUUGAACUAUAAAUAAACUGGAAGGCUAACUCAGGGGGGGAAUUGAAGCCAGUGCAUUUUAGUUUUUCUGAGUUAUGAGCAGAAAUACUCAACACUGAACGUUGGGCUACAUAUCAAAUUGAAGCUAUUGAAAAACUCUAUUUGGUGUAGAAAUUUCAAGACUUUAGCUAAAAGGGAAAUAUUGAAAAACUACAAACAUAAUUACCGAUAAUUUGCCGUUUUGCAGUUGUUUUUGUAUUUUUUAAAGAUUUUUCUUUUCGCUGAAGUCUUGAAAUUUCAACACCGAAUAGCAAUUUUCAAUAGCUUCAAUUUGAUAUAUAGCCCGACGUUUGGGGUCAAGUAUUUCUGCUCAUAACUCAGAAAAACUAUUUUGGCUUCAUCAAAUCAUAGGCCUUCAUCAUAGCAGUUAGCCUUCCAGUUUAUUUAUAGUUCAAUGACUGGCUAGGACCAUGGCGUCAGCAUUUUGAUGACGAAUUACGGUUACGCCAAAAUCAUAGGAAAAACCAAGAAGUCGGGCUUCUGUUUGUCUCUAUUCUGUGACAUUACCACCUAACGGAUGUAUAUAAUAAAGUUAGUUUCCAUGGCAACUAUAUCUUUAUUCUCUAUCCAGGCGUGUUUAUAUUCAGUCUGUACUCGUGGAAAGGUGUUUCGUAUGGAACAUAUCAGUAUCCUCCUGCAGCAGAAUUCUUCGGGUGGUUGUUGGCUCUUUCUUCCAUGCUCUGGAUCCCUGGAAUGGCUAUAUACAUGGUGGCGAAGGCUCCGGGCUCCACAUUCUGGGAGAAACUACGCAUGUCCUUUACCCCGAAUCAACAAAUCGCGAAAGAAAUCGAAAUUCGCGAAGGUUACACCGGAUGCAGUGGUGAAAUGGUCAUUGUAUAACAUAGUAAUGUAUUAGAUAGCUCAGUCCUGAUUAGGAGUAGAAUAUGAUAUAAUUAUGUUAUAAUAUCAUAGGUAUAAAGUUGUCGUGUUUUACAUAUUUUAAGAAUAGCAUCGUGAAUCACUGAACCUUAUAUAUCACUGAAGUAUUUGUUCUAUGAUUUAUUGAUUGUUGAGCUCCCUGUAAACAUUGAAAACACCAGGUUGAGCAUAUAGCACGUCCAAGUGUCGGUAAUAUUUGUAGUUAAAAUGUUUUUAAUUCAAUAUUUUAAUUAUAAUUUCGAUCAUAAGCCAUUUUUGAGUUUUUAACUGCGCAUAUACACUUGACUAGUCGGCUUACAGUACCACUGAAAAUUUUCAUGAAACGACGUAAGUUUAAUGAACUAAAUUAUAUACUAAGUCGGGAUGGAAUCGCUGCUGGUCAUAGCAUGUAUAUGAAAAUGCAAGAUUUGAAAUGUUCUUAUCAAAAUAUUCAACUAUUCAAUCAUCCGUUUUUGUUUUCCAAAUAGCACAAUAAAGGUUUGAGUUUGAUUUAAAAACUAUCAUCUUUUGGCUCUUUUGACUGUCAUGUUUGGCAAAAUAAAGAAAGGCGCACUUAAUUCCGAAAUAUUAAAUUUCUAUUUCUUUCUUAAUUGAAUUUUGUGUUAUAUAUAAGAUCAAUCGUGGUUAGCAAGAUUUAGGAGGAGCCUAUUGUAAAAAUCUUCUUAAAAAACUGUACUGAUAUUGUAUUAGUGGGUUAUAAUUUGUUAUGGAAAAUACAUAGAUCAAAGCAUAUAGACGAAACUAAGACAUAAUGUAUAGAUAAUUUACAAAUUAAGUCUUUUUAACUGUUCUUAAAAUACUUGACAAGUUUUUAAUGUCACGUUCAAACGUGUCGUGCUUAUCACGUUCCGAACCUAAUGUAGAUUACCAGAACAACCCUGGGUUAAAAUUUAACCCGCUGUUUUAGUUUAUGUAUUUCUGCACGUCUGUUUAUUUCAAAACUUCAGAGAAGAAAACUGCUACUGGUCCAGACAAGAUUUCUCAAGAAAUAUUUCCAAAUUUAUAAACAAGCUGUUGCGAAGUGGUUAGCACUAUUUUCCAUCCAGCAAACUGACCUGACGUCAUUUUCGGAAGAUAGAAGAGGUGUUAAAUGGCUAUGUAACUAACCCAAACCCUACCCCUACUCUAACCCUAACCGCAACCCUAACUCUGACCCUAACCGAAUUAAUAAAAAAAUCCCAAAAAAACGACUUUAGAAAAUCGAUAGGGCGGUUUGCUGGAUGGAAAAAAGUGCUAACCUUGGGAAGUUCGCUUUGAAUUUUAGGUUAACCUAGGGUCAAAGCUAAAAUUCGAGGAGCAUGUGCCUCUAUAGGUUUCCCCCGGUUCCUACGUCACUAAACUCUUUGGUUCGGCAGAUGAAAAGCGCGACAUUCGAACUAUCACCAAAACCGCAGAUCUUUCCUCUCGUCGUGUUUUCGUGUCAAAACAUUCAGAAAUGCAACUACAUUCCAAGAUAUGAUCUGGAAACCCGGCAAAUUUCAAGACCACAAAAUAAUAGACCUUUGAUGUCGAAGUGUACCUCAACGUGCACAAAUCCUUUGUCUCAACUUCCUAUUGACUAUUAUUCAUCGUGGUUGCAUGUUUCAUCUCAGCUAUCCUUCUUGGACGAUUUCUUCAUUCCACGAAAAUACUAUGAGCUCGAUCACCUUGUGCAAAAAUUAACAUAAACUGCGAUUCCCCAUCAUCGUAUCUUUAUAGACUAUGGUAAAAUCACUGAAAUCGACAAUUUGAAAAUGGCAGCAUCUGCCAGAAAUCGUGCUGAAAUUAGCGCAUUUCUGAAUGUUUUGACACAGCACUCUUGGACCCUUGGUUUUGGUAAUAGGCGUAAGAUCACAAUAUAGUGAAGAAUUAACUGAAAUAUAUACAUCGCAUAGUGUAUUAUUAUAGUAAGAACUAGUCUAUACUUAAGUGUAUUUAUAUAUGGUACGAUUAUAUAUAUAAUCCAUUGAAACGCAAUUAUCCAUAGAAACGCAAUUAAUGUAAAUUUUGAAAGUCUAAAAUGAUCUAGUGAUUCAAUUUUACCAUUUAAAUAAUAUGUAUCGAUUAAUAAAACGUAAG